AUGCUGGAGGAGAUGCGCGGAUCUACUGGAGCAGAUCCAGAUCCAUGGCCGCGGAGCUUGGCGCAUAAGUGCACUAGCUUCGCUCUGCCCCAGGCAACCCAUUACAGCUGCUCCAACGUCUUGCUGCUCGGAAAGAGUAGUAAAUAUACGCUGGAGGCGUACGACUUGGACUUCCAGUUGUUGCAGGUGUCGGAUUCGCUGGAGUCGUGCGGGCUAGAGCCGCACGAGCUGGAGUAG